CCUGUAAGAGCUGUGAGUUAUUUUUUUGUCUAGUUUUUCGAUAAGGUAAACUUUAACAGUAACAAACUGUAGCUACAACAUGUCUCACUCAGAAGCUAGCAAUCAAUCAAAUAAGGAGUAUACUGAAUCAGAAGAAGAUGGUGAAAUAGGAAAAGAUGAAAACCCAAUAUUAUCUCAGAUCCAUUCUCAACAUGAAGAUAUGGAGAUUGAAGAACAACAUUCAGAAAGUGACCAGAUAGAUGAAGCCACUGAGGACUCAUUGGACAUUAAACCACCUCAAGCAGCUGUGAAGGUUGAGAGAAGCAAAGACUCUUCUAGUCGGCGUGAAAGAAAGAGAGAUCGUCAUGCUCAUAAGCAUGAAUCACGUCGAAAAGAUCGUCGCCGUGAAAGAGAUAGGGAAUCUCACCGAGAGGGGCGAGGGAAUAGAAUGUCUGAACUUAGUAGAAGAAGCAUUAUUAGGGAACAAGAUUCCCGUAGACACAGACGUCGAGAUGAUCUGAGACGGGAUGCAAAACAGCCUAGAGAGAUACGAGAUAAUAGAGAAGUGAGAGAAGUGCGACUCGUAGAGAGAGUCAGAGACAAGGAUCCCAAAGAAAGAGAACAUGACAUCACAAGAAGUCCAAAGAUGAAGGCAUGGGAGAGAAUACAGCAGAAAUGGAGAAAAGAUCGUCUAAUGAUAGCUGAGACACAGCGCCAAAGGCAGCAUGAUAGUAAAAAACGAGAAGAAAUUGGAAGAGAUCAUCUUCAGAAAGAGUAUGGGGGAAGGAAAGAUAAAACACAAGACAGAGAGAAAGAAAGGAAUCUUGAUAAAUCUAGACGAGAACGCAGUCGAAGUCCUGUUCCAACUCACAAUGAAGAGGAACCCAGAGAAGCAGAGAAAGAAUCUAUAAUGCAUCGAAACAUAUCAAGUGAUAAAUCCAAGUCUGCAGAAGAGAAUACAGAAGAACAAAGUGAUGUUGAAGUAGUUAGUGAAGAAGAAGAAGAAGAAGAGUUGAAAGCUUCAGAAGGAGAAAUUUCACCUAGUGAAAAAUCGGCUUCUGGAAGCAACACUAGCAACUCUAGUGAUUCUGAAGAAAGCAGUACAGAGAGUGAAGGAGAAGGAAAACAGUCUGAAGAUGAAGAUGAACAAGAUAAAAAAUCUGGUCUCCCAUCUUCUCUAAUUCAUUUACUACCCCCUCUGAGAAAUAUGAAAUUUAAUAUAUACAAGUAUUUCAUUAUCUCAAAUAUCUUAACAUUUUUCAUUUGUGUUGUAACAAUUUUAGAUGAAAUUGUUGCUUUGAAGAGACUGAAAAUGGAGAAGGAAAAGGAAGGAUUUCCUAUCACAUCUUUAAGAGAAAUUAACACCUUAUUAAAGGCACAACAUCCUAACAUAGUAACAGUCAGAGAAAUAGUUGUUGGAAGCAACAUGGACAAAAUUUAUAUUGUGAUGGACUAUGUGGAGCAUGAUCUCAAGAGUUUAAUGGAGACUAUGAAACAUCCAUUUUUGGUUGGAGAAGUGAAGACAUUAAUGAUCCAGCUUUUGAGAGCUGUGACUCAUCUCCAUGACAAUUGGAUCCUACAUCGUGAUUUAAAGACGUCAAACCUCCUACUUAGUCACAAAGGGAUACUCAAGGUUGGAGACUUUGGUCUUGCCCGAGAAUACGGAUCCCCACUGAAACCAUAUACACCUGUUGUUGUUACCUUGUGGUAUCGAGCUCCUGAAUUAUUGCUUGGCAUCAAGGAAUAUUCAACUGCUAUUGACCUGUGGUCUGUUGGCUGUAUAUUUGGUGAGCUGCUCACAAUGAAGCCUCUUUUCCCAGGAAAAUCCGAUAUUGAUGAACUAAAUAAAAUUUUCAAGGACUUAGGAACACCAAGUGACAAGAUCUGGCCUGGCUACUCUGAGUUACCUCUUGUGAAAAAAGUAACUUUCACGGAGUAUCCAUACAACAACCUUCGCAGUCGCUUUUCCCACACUGUAACCAGUCUUGGUUUUGAUCUAAUGAAUAGGUUUUUGACGUAUUGUCCAAAACGACGCAUCACAGCUGAGGAAGCUUUAAAACAUGAAUACUUUAAAGAGACUCCUCUUCCCGUAGACCCAUCAAUGUUCCCAACGUGGCCAGCCAAAAGUGAACAACUGCAUCGUAAAGCACACAGUCCUAAACCUCCCUCUGGUCCAGUCAAAAAGUCUACUCUAUAUCAGGAUGAUGCAGAUGAUGAAGGAAUAGUAGCAGCAGGAGGUUUUCACAUGGCAGGAGCUCAGAAAGGUCACUCGGCUAAAGGUGCUGGUUUUAGCCUGAAGUUUUAAGUUAUUCCACUUGUUGAGAAGUUACACCACAUAAACAGGAUAACUUCAUAAACAGUUGGUGUAUCCUGUAAAGAAGCAAGAUAACUUUGUAAAUGGUUGAGGUAUCCUUUAUGAAGUUAUCUUGCUUCCUUACAGGAUACAUCAACCAUUUACGAAGUUAUCUUGCUUCCUUACAGGAUACAUCAACCACUUAUGAAGUUAUCUUGCUUCCUUACAAGUUGGAGUGAACAACCAAAGUUGUCAUUCCCAAAUCCUCUCUGUAUAUAACUAUUCAUAAUAAACUGUUGACUUGUUUUUACAA